AUGGCUGAGCCAUGGAGGGGCCUUCUCCAACAGCUCUCUACGGAACUGGAGCGCCAGUCCGCCAAAUUGCGGGAUCUGGAGCUCCAAAACAAACGACUACUGGAAGUGGCAGCUCUUCCGGUCGAGAUGUCUCAGAUGCCGCCCAUCGUGCAGUGCGACCUCCCGUCCCCUCCGAAUCCUGAGGGACCAGGGGAUGUCCGAAGAUCUAGAAGGAGCCAACAAGAUGAGGACGAAGAGGAAGUCACUGGCCUGAAGACCGACGUGGUCCUUCCACAUCCGCACCGGCCGAGCAAGAUCUCCCAGAUCUCACAGAUUCCCUUAGUCCAGCCUCGGAGGAACUCCCGGGUGUCGAAGCUCAUCGAAUCCCAGCAGGUCCGCUUCAUGAUCAUGCGUGCGCAAAGGACCCGAGAGUUUGGCGUCAAGAAGCCGUGGUUCGUCAUCAACCCCGACACCAACCCCUUCUCGACGGCCUGGCAGAUCAUCACCAACUUCGCCCUCGCCUUCGUGGCCUUGAUAACUCCUCUACAAGUCGGCUUGCUGGAGAUCCACUUGGACUUUCUCUUCGUGCUAACCAUGAUGGUCGACUUCGUGUUUGUCAUCGACAUGAUUCUCCAGUUCGUCACGAUGUACCCGCGGACGACAGCCCGUGGGUUGGAGUGGGAGCUCAAUCCACAGAAGAUUGCCAAGAACUACUUGAGGACCUGGUUCUUCCUGGACUUCGUGACCUUAAUCCCCUUCGACAUGAUCGGAGUAUCCUCCGGCACGGAUAGCCUCAAGGACCUGCGGAGCAUUAAAGUAAUCCGCGUCCUCCGACUCCUGAAGCUCAUGCGGCUGCUGCGGAGCUCUCGACUGCUGCAGUUCGUCCGUGAUCAACGGCUGUCUGCCUUGGAGAGGGCACGCACGCUUUCAGGGCAGCUGGCCACAAAGGUAAGGCUGCUGCAAGAAGCGACAGCGAAGAACGAGAGGGAGGCUGCAGGACGCCUCGAGACUCUGGCUGCUGGAAGGGCAUCAGCACAAGCACGCAGCCGUGCUUUGGCGACAGGGCUGGCUGAGACGAAAGAAGAGGUUGCUAGUUUGCAGUGGCGCGUGGGUGCUCUGCAGAAACUCCUGGACGUGCAGCCGCAUAAUUCGGCCCCGUCGCGCGGAGCAGCCGGAGCCGGAGGGCACGGAGGGCAAGAUUGGCACCAGGAUGCCACCGCAUCUCCGUCUGUUGAGUUACUUCGUGCUACGUUGGCAGCGCUCCGACAACGACGCUCAGAGAAUGAGGAUCUUCGCCGUAGCUGCCAGGACGAGUGCCAGGGCCUCCAGCGUCGCCUUCAGGCUGCACAGGAUCCUCACGAAACAGCACAUCUCAACACUGAGAGCAUCUCUUUGACAAAGGAAGCGCUCCGAGCCUUUGCACAUGGAGCCGUGGCCACCUGGAACCGGGAACUACAGGACUUGGAGAAGGAAUGCUCGAGGCGCACUGCCGCAAUCGAAAAGAGUAUCCGGAAGGUUCAGGACAUGGCCUCAGCUGGCAGUAUAGGAGCAACACCUUGCUGGCAGUCCUCGCAGGGCCGUGAACGUUUGCCCAUGGCUGAGACGCUGCUGACCACUUUUGAGGCGGCAGCCAAGGAUUGCAGGACCCAGGCAUCACAUGAGCUUGCGACGCUUCACAGGGCCAUUGUCUUGUGGAAAGCAGCGACAGGUGCGAUGGUCCUUUCACCUCGAGAGGAAGCGCACGAAGCAUGCGCCAUCCGAGAAAAGCGUAAAAACCGGACGCACCGGCUCGAGAUCCCGCUGUCGAUCCCGUACCAGCAGGUGGCACUCUUCCGUUUCCUCCUCAUCUUAGUCCUGGCCUGCCACUGGCUGGCCUGCGUGUGGGCGAUGACUCUGAAGAUCGUUGAUGACACAUUCCCGCAAUGGAUCAACGAUAUCGAAUCAGCCGAUGUGCCCUAUGGGAUUCGCACCCGUGACUCCCCCCUGCGCAUCUACAUAGCCGCGUACUAUUUCUGCUGCUACACCAUGACGUCAGUGGGCUAUGGAGACAACGGGCCCAAGAAUGUGCUGGAACGCUUGGUUUGCACGUGGAUUGUCCUGACCUCGGGCCUUUCCUGGGCUUACAUUCUGGGAGAAGUCUGCGCCAUCGUCAGUGAAAUGACGGCAGAGGGUCAGAGAUUCAGGAAGAAGAUGCACCACCUGAAUUCCUUGAUGCAGGAGCAGGGGCUUCCACCCGAGCUUCGAAAGCGCAUGCGCAGCUUCUUCCUUCAGAACCGGCAUCAAGCAGAGCACCAGACGAGGCAGAAGCUCUUGGAGAAUCUGAGCCCCCAGCUGCACGCUGAGGUCUGCACGGCGCUGAACAUGCCGUGGAUUGAGAAGGUCUCCUUUUUCCAGCAGUUCAUGUCUCUGAUAGAUGCUCUUGAGGCAGAUGGAGCCCACACCGCACCCUUCCGCGCAUGCAUUGCAGACAUCUCUCGAGAACUUCAGACCGCCGCCUUUGCACAGAAGGAGAUCUUUGACAAUGUGCAGGUGCUUUACAUCCUCUCCAAGGGCCUGGUGGCUUUGAACAGCCGAGUGGGUCACAAUGGGGCGGUAUGGGGGGAGGACUUCGUCCUCUCGGACACGAGCCUGAUCCGGCCCGUGGCUGGCUUCGCACUCACGUACAUCGAGGUGCUCUUCCUUACCCGCGAGAGCUUCAUGGGAGUGAUCGAGCGCCGGAAGUUGACUUGCCCUCAGCUGGGCCAGGUGGUCAGGCGCUACUGCGUGCGCGUCGCUGUCACCCGGGGCAUUAUUGCAGAAGCAAGGAGGCGCCUGAAGCUGAGGGAAGGCACCCCGUCCAGCGUGGCCAAGCGAGUGCAGGGCAGCCAGCAGACGCAGGGCUCCUAUGACAGUGCUCCGCAGCCGCCAGGCUUCCUGGAGGCCGAGGACUGA